AUGCAGCCUCCAAUCAGCUUCACUGCUUUGCUAGCGAUCGUAUGCAGCCUGGUUUGUAUUGCUUUGGCUAACACCAUCCAUGAAUGCACCGUGGAAAAGCGGCAGGAUGAGCAUGUUUGUGUGUUCCGUAGCGUGGUUUACCGUGCGAACGAUACGAACUUUGUCUUCAAAGCACCGGCGUCGCCCAAGGUAGAGCACAUUGUAUUCGAAGACAGCACGCUGAAUCACAUUCCGACGGAGUUUCUUACGGCUUUCCCCACACUGAAAGCGCUCACCGUGGUCCAGGCGAACUUGAGCUCUGUAGUGAUCCCGUCCAAGCUGGAGCGCCUGUAUGCGUCAAAUAACCGUAUCUCGAAAGUGAUAGUGCAUCAGACUAAGGAUAGUACAACGAUGACCGAAUUAAUACUUGAUUCGAACCAUCUUUCGGAUAUCUCAAACCUAACACGCUUGGCAAAGCUGGAGAUAUUGAUGCUUAGCGGCAACAAGGAACUGCCAUUCGAGGACACGGUCGAUCUUGGUCGCUUCAAGGGACUAGAUAGUCUCCGCUCGCUGGUGCUGUCCGAUGUAGGUAUGAUGUACGUCGAGAACAAGGACAAUGUCGCCCUACCAUCGUUGGAGCUGCUCGAUCUUUCCAACAACAAUCUCAUCACCACAAACCUGGAAAUGAAGGUGCUCGCGCCUAUGAAAAAGCUGGAGAUUCUCCGACUCACACAUACGCUUAUCUCCGACCUGGAGGCGUUGCAGCUGACGCAAAACAAUGGUAAUCUGAGAAAGGUAUACUUGGAGGGUAACAAUUUCCAGUGCGACCGACAGAAGCAGAUAGUGGAUCAUUUCAAUCUCUCGGGAGUUGAAACGCCGGUUGACAACAAGAACGCUAACUGCAUACAUGGCUUCCAGAAGCAGAACGAUAUAUGCUGCCAAACUGCUGCUUUGGGAAAGCUGCACCAGGCACUAGAACCGACCACGAAAAUAGCCACGUCACCCGAAGUUCAAACGACUACACCAAGCACCUCAACUAUGCCUUCUAGGAUGGAAAAGAACAAAGAAAGCGCAGCCACUCUGAUCAUGUUGGGAAAUGGGCUGUUGGUCCUGACGUUUGUCGCCAUCCUCAAGUCAGUGGGUGGAAAAACAGUAGAUGAUGAAAGGCCUCGGUGGUAAUCUAACAGUACUGAUUGCAAACUAAUUACAGUUUGGGAACGAUUACCUCGUUCUACAUUUAUUCCACAUUCGAUGUCUUACCUUUUUUUUGCGAGGAAUUCAUAUCUUCACAUGAAACUGUGGCCAAAACGACACACGAUACCAUUUUAUCAUGUCAUGGCUAGGAAAUACUGUGGAAAAGAGAUAUGAAUGCCCGCUUAUGAUGUGUUUGAAAUUGUUCGAUUAGAAGGAAUAGGAGGAGACCGAUAAAAUAUCAUUCUUAAAUGAGGCUGAGAGCGUAAAUAGGUUGCAUGGCGAUGUGAAACAGCAGAUUGGCUAUUUGGAGGACUACGAUUAAUUGUGAUUUUGCAAAACGAAAUCGGGUAGUUCUAGAAUUACAGUAUAUAAGAAUUAUGAAUUGUCUGCAUGCGGUAUUGUUUCCAUUUGGCCAUUACAGUAAAAGUUUGUUUUUAAUCUUUAUUCUGUACGUUUAUUUCUUUGCCACAAGCUUUCGAUGUUCAUACAUGUCAGGUUUUAGGCGAUUUUAGCUGCCAAAUAGUUGGGAUUGGGUUUAAUGCUGAAAGUAAUAGGGUAUCAUCGGAUAAUCUUGGUAGUCAACGUAAAUAAAUAAAAAUAGAUGUAGCUUUAAGCAUUCAUGGUAACAUUUACGGAAAACAGAUUUGUCUCAAGUAAUCCUAUCCAUUUGAUAAAACAUACACACACACUUUAGCUUGCAAAAUGAGCAAUGAAUGGCUGCAACCACAUGUAUUACAAUAAUCUUUUAUAUAACAGUUUUUGAAAGGAUGAGUCCGUCUGGUGUAAACGAGUGAUAGAAGUAUGGCAAGUGCUCUUACUGAGAGGAAGUAAUUGUAACCGAGUUAAAAAGGGUCAGGAACAUUCAUUUGCCAGCAGCAGUAGAAGAACAAAACCAAAUGAAGGUCCGAGAAGGUGAUUGAUAAAGAAGUAGGAGGAAAAUCGUCCUGUAAAAACUCUUCUUUUGUAGCUUGAAGCACUUGAAACAAUUAUCGUCCACGCAUGCCAUAGCAAACACCUAUUAUCUUCAUUUCAAAAUUAAAUUUCCGUCGUCCUUCUACCUUAAAUUAAUACUUAACAAUAUUGAAAAUAUCGUUUUUUUACCCAUGCACAUUUCCGGUCUGUUUUUCGAGCCAAUUUGAUAUGGUGCUAGUGACAAAAAGAAACCCGCAAACCACAAAUUAGAACAAAAGUCUCCUUACCCGAAGCUUUCAUCUAACAUGCGCGUCACACUGCACAUUAUUCAUCGUAUUCACGCUGUAUUAUGGUAGAAGUAAACAGGUUUAGAAUCUCACAACUUACCACCCUGAAGUUAUUGCUUUUGAAGGAAAAUAUGAGAAAACUUAACAUUAUUUUAUUUUUCUUAUGAUAGUCAUGUGAAUGACGAGGUAUUGAUUUAUUUCAUUAUAAUAGUU